AUGGGUCAUUUCCAGCAACCGUAUGACCCGAGCUCGGGCUCCUGUGAUGGGCAUGGUGUCCCCGAUACGAGCACGGGACGUGACCCAUCACCGCUCUCGAGAUCGCUCACUGAGAGCAUUAGGACGGUCUACAAAGAAAACGGAAGGACGUACCACUCUUACCGCGCCGGAUCCUACCCGUUCCCCAACGACGAGGAAGAGAAUGAGCGACUAGAGCUGCAAUAUACAGCACUAAAAGAGGCCAUGGGAGGCAGAAAUUACCUUGCGCCAUUCACAGGAGAGAACCCUCCACGAGAUGUCCUCGACAUCGGAACCGGGCCUGGACAGUGGGCUUUGGAGGUGGCAGACGAGUUUCCAGAGGCCACGGUGAUAGGAACGGAUCUGAGCCCAUCGACAAUGCCGGAUUUUGUGCCAGAGAAUCUCAAACUUUACGUCGAAGACGCGAACGAUGAGUGGGACUACGAAUACCCUUUUGACUUCAUCCACACACGCAUGACGUUUAGCUGCUGGUCGGACAUGAAGUCACAAGUUAUAGAGAAGGCGAUGAGACACCUGCACCCAGGGGGAUGGCUCGAGUGCCAAGAGACCCACGGCAUCUUCCAGUGCGACGACGGCUCGAUACCUCCUGGUUUUGCGCCCAACCUGUGGGCUCACAACAUGCAGGUUGCGGGGGACGCCGGCCGCAUCCAGAUGGGAAUCGCGCCCAAGAUGGCGGGCUGGUUCCGGGAGGCUGGGUUCAUCGACGUCCAGGAGGUCAUCCUCCGGCUCCCAGUUGGCGCAUGGGACAGAACAGAUGACCACCAACGAGUCUUGGGUGCGCUAUGGCUCAAGAACCUGGACUGGGGGCUUUCGUCCAUAACGAUGGCCCUUUUCCACAGGUAUCUGGGCAUGACCAAGGAGCAGAUCGAGGUGUUUCUGGUCGACGUGCGGAAGGGCAUCAGAAACCCGAGCAUCCAUUCGUACCAGACACUAUAUGUCGUCUGGGGGAGGAAACCUAGGCCGGGGGAGAAGGCAGAUGGGGCAGAGAAAAAAGAGAGGUAG